CAGUAGCUAACACAUCGUAGAGGCAGCCAGACGAUGAAAUCUGAAAUGUAUUUCAGGCUGGGAUUAACAUUGCUGGUUCUAUCUGUUCAGCUGGUGACCUGUCAAGAUCCGGACCUAGUGAGAACCUGCACCGCCUACAAAAAGGAUGUUUGGGAGGAGACAUCUGAGUUCAGACAGCUUAUGGAGGGCUCAGCGCCGAUCUACAAGACCGAGGACAAGUGCACCAGCUAUGCACCCCUCAUAGUUGGAGGCGCACCAGCCUCACCCAAGGAGUUCCCUCACGCCGCCCGGCUGGGCCACCGCGAUGAGAAUGGCAAGACGAAUUGGUUUUGUGGUGGAACUCUUAUAAGCAACCGUCAUGUGCUUACGGCAGCCCAUUGCCACUUUGGCGAGGACACGGGCUCUGUUAAUAUUGUUCGGCUCGGUGAACUAGAGUUUGACACUGACGCCGACGACGCUGAUCCUGAGGACUUUAGCGUAAAGGACCACACGUUGCAUCCCGGCUUCGAUCAUCCCGCUCUUUACAAUGACCUGUCCAUUAUACGGCUGACUAGGACUGUUUCCUUUAACGAGUAUAAGCAUCCUGCAUGUCUUCCGUUUAGCGACGGAAAAUCGGACACGGCCUUCGUCGCCAUCGGCUGGGGACAAAGAGAGUUCGUUCCUCGGCUUGGUGCGGAAACCAAAAAACUCCAGAAGGUUAAGCUCUUUAACUAUGGCACUCGCUGCUCUAUAACCGCGGAGAAAAAUAUAGAGCUGCCCGAUGGGUAUAAUGCCACCACCCAAAUCUGUAUUGGGUCACCGGAAAACAAGGAUACCUGCAACGGCGACUCUGGCGGACCGGUACUGACCUACCAUAAGCAAUAUCCUUGCAUGUAUCAUGUAAUGGGUAUCACCUCAGUUGGAGUUGGCUGCGACACACCCGAUGUACCCGCCAUGUACACUAGGGUGCACUUCUACCUCAACUGGAUCAAGCAGGAGCUGGCCAAAACGUAACGACAUGAAUUUGCUAAAUAUUUCUGACUCCAAAAAGCUUCUAAAUAAAUGUAAAAACAAUAACUACGAUCGAACAGGUAAAGAAUUUACUCAACCAAUCAACCCCUUCCAUUAA